AUGGCAGUUUUACCACCUGAAUUAUGGAAAGAGAUCGUAGAUUUCUUCUCCGAUUAUCAAAGUUUACGUUCUUUACUAUUAGUCAAUAAAACAUUUAGUUCUUUUGCGGUUCGUAAACUAUAUGAUAGGAUCAUUAUAGGACCUCAUAUAGAUUUCAAUAAACUUGCAGACACGAUCUCGAUGAGAAGUAAUGGAAGUGGUGAACACAUUGCAUAUUACGAUUACGCUUUUUUAACUCAUACGAUUUCGAUCACUUCUUGCGAUCGAGAAAAUGAAUUUCCUUGGUUUCGUCUACCACUGGUCUUGGCACAAUGUUCUAACGUAAACGGAAUUUUAAUUAGUCCCAGGGAACAACAAUAUGCGGAACCACAGACCAUUGCGGUAAUGGAAAUUGUCAGAUCAACGACUUUGGUUACCAAAUAUCUAGCCAAAGCGGUAGAAAUCCUUUCUUCAAGAAAAAUUCGUAAAUUAUGUUUAAGGUCUUUACGAUUUUUAGGAGAAUUUCAACGACAUGGAAGUUAUUUUUCUACAGCCUUAAGUUACUUGCAUGAUUUAGAAAGUUUAGAGCUUUGGCAUGAAAAUGGUAGACCAUUAGGAGACGUUGGUAAAAAAUGUAUUGUCAAGUUAAUUGAAAAUAAUGAUUUAAAAGAAAUUAAUUUGGAUUGUUAUGUUGCGGAUGAUUUAGAACUUGAAAAUCUCGUUUCAAUAUUUAUUAAUUUACCAAAUUUACAUUCAUUAACUUGGUGGGGCACUAGAUUUAAUAAAGAGGAAGAGGAAUUUCUUUAUCAUGUCAUUUUUCAAUAUUGUAGAAACUUAAAAAGAUUAAUUAUUGAGGUAUCGGGUUUUCAUGAAGGUGAAGAUUUUCUUAUCCUUUCUCGACAUUGUAAAGGAUUAGAAGAAUUAAUUACGUGGCAUGAUAUUGAUGGAGGCGCUUUACCUCUUUCUACAUUGAUGAAUUUAAUUGUUAUGAAUAAAUCUACUUUAAAACGUGUUGAUGCUUGGGUUUCCCUUGCCGACCCUCCGGUGACCACCCGUCAUAUGGUUAAUACAUUUGAUGAUUCGGAUUUGGAUACUGGUUCUGAAUUGGAUGACAAUGAUCAAAAUGAUCCGUCAGCACAACCUGAUCAAUUUGAAUUCUAUCAUCCGGCAAAUACUAAUUCGUAUUCCGAAUGGAUAGAAUCCUUGUUUAAUAAAUUCUGGCCUACAAAUAAAGCUUGGAACGAUAAUUAUGACAUUUCCGUAUCCAAUCCAAAUCUUUCUGGGUUAUUAUCAACUUAUAGGCAAGAUAUUGAAAGUGAUUGGCAAAUGUUGGUGGAAGAACAUUUAGAAAAACCAAUCAAGGAUAUUUGUCUCAAUUUAGAUGAAUUAAAACUUUUCUUGACUUAUUGGUAA